AUGGUGGAAUGUGAUGGAAGGACAAGGAAUAAUGCACUUGUGUGUGGGUUUGUGUGGAAUAAAAAAAAGAAGCAGAUACCACUGAAGCGAUAUGGGUGGGGAGUAUUGCUCCCCACAGCUUACCAUCUCCUCCCAUGCGCUUGA